ACUUGAUAUUAUUAUAGUAUCGGAAUCUUGUGGAAUUUUCUAACCUCUAUAUUUUAAGUUAAUAAGUAAACAUAAAGUGAAAUAAACAUAAUGUUUAAAUCUUUAAUUAAUAAGUUACAUAGUGCCCAAAUAUCGCGCACGUUUCACACCACUGCCUGCAUGAAUGAGGUGCGCCUAUUGAGUCGCUUAAGAGUGGUCGACAACUCGGAAAUUGGUAAACGAGCCAUGGCUGAAGGAAAACCACCUAAAGUUAUAUGUGUUUACAACAAAAAACAUGUGGGCUAUAUUGGUGAUAGAGUGUUGGUAGCCAUCAAGGGUCAAAAGAAGAAAGGAAUAUUGGUGGGUAUGAAACAGAAACAAAAUGUGAAAGUGCCAAAGUUUGACAGCAACAAUGUGGUGCUAAUAGAUGACAAUGGAACCCCACUGGGCAACCGCAUCCAUGUACCAAUCCCCACUAUACUGAGGACCAUACUUAAAGAGAAAACACAUUCUAAGGGAGCCGACUACACCAAACUAUUGGCAAUAGCAACAAGAUUUGUAUAGUGUUCACACUAGUUAUGUAAUUUAAAUAAUGUAGAACUAUUCAUAAAUUGUACCAUGUUAUUUUAAUAAUAUUUUAUUUGAAGAUUUAGGGAGC